UAGGGAAAAAAAAAAGGCGAAAGCGAGCCAAAAAAAAAAAUAAAAAAAAGCAGAGCAAAAAUUUUCUAAAUUUCCCAACUUUUUUGCUUAGUCAAGAAGCUUCUCCUCCGCCGAAAUUUCGAGUUCACUGGAAAGUUUAGUUUUUUCUUCUCCGUUCGCGUUCUACUUUCUCUGGUUGUUCGCUUGAAGCUGCAUUUGGUAGGUUAACAUUUGGAAACAAUGUUUGGAACUGUGGAAUACUAUGAAGAGAUGUUUCAAGACAGUACUUUUCUUCAGUCAAAAAGUGGAUCACUUUCUUCAACAAAUCAAACUAAAAAUCCUGUUGCGUACAAGCUUGUGCGGGUUGCAGAAGAUGGGAGACUAGUUCCUGCAACUGAUGAAGAAAUGUUGGAGGUCAAAGAGUUACUUGAGAAGAAUGAGAAUGAUAUGCCUGUUUUGCCAGAUCCUAGACAGACUGAGGAUUACAUUCCCGACGAAGGUUCACCUUCUCAGUUUCUGCAGCUAGAAUGUUUUGAAGGCUUAUAUGAGCCGGAAACUGCAGAAGCAUAUACAGAAAUUUUUGAUCCGGGCUUAUUUCAGUCAGAAACUGCAGAAGCAUAUCCAGAAAAUUUGAAUUCUCGACUUGAGGAAGUCCAAUCCGAGGCUUUGCUGCGGGAGCCAGUUCGUUUUCCAUCAAAUGGAUGCAGUAUGAAUCAAUGUAGGGAUGUGUCACCAUACUCAAAUGCUACAGGUAGUCCUAAAGAACCUGCUGCGUGUAAACCUGAAGUUUCUAGAGUAGCAGGCGAGAUAUGCUUGGAUGAUCUUUCAAUCAAAUCAUUGCAAGAUACAUUCAGAGCAAAGUUUGGUCGUGAAACUACUUGCAAGAGCAAACAAUGGCUGAAAAGGAGGAUCACAAUGGGAAUGAUUAAUUCAUCUAUUGUUCCAACAACUAGCCUGAAAAUUUAUGAUAACAAACUGGUUGGUGGAGGUCAAGACAAUGCUUUUAGCAACGAUACAGUAGAUGAAGCAAGAGCUAUGGAAAGCAAAGAUACGCCAUCUAGUCCUGAUUGCUUAAAGGGACAUUCAAAUGAUUUUGGGCGUAGUCCUGUUGAGACUUUUGUGGACCAUUAUUCUGGGAAUGAAGAUUUUGAAGGUGGAUAUAGGUCUGCAAAAAGAGUUAGGAAGCCUAGUAGGAGAUACAUUGAAGAAAUUUCAAAACCCAAUGAAAAACAGCAAAGUGAUGAGUCAAUGACCCCUUCAAAAGAUCAGAGCUCUAUUCAAGCCGUUUCUUCAGGAGGGAGAGUUGUUAUCACCAGGAUGAUAUCCCUUGCUGGUUCCAGAAUUCAGGUUCCCUAUGUUUCUCAUGUAAGGAGAAGCCGUCCAAGAGAAAACAUAAUGGCACUUGGGGAGUUUCAUUCCAAGUCAUGGGAGGUGAAAGCUACUCCUGACAAGAGUAACCUGAAUCUAAGCCCAUCUCGGUGGAACAAUGAUGUGAAACGAGUUUCAGGUGUCAAAUCUGCUUCUAGACCUGUCAAGAAAGAAAGCAGUAAGGACCAUUUAAAACCAAUUUCUAAUGACGUGGAUCAAGACUACAUGGAGUCAGAGAACUUAGAUUCAUCUGGAGAGAGCUCAGAUGAGAAUAAUCGCGUUGAUCUACCAAUCACGCAAAGUGGAAUUAGAAGGAAGCAUCAUCGAGCUUGGACUUUCACUGAAGUUGAAAAACUUGUCGAAGGUGUGACGAAAUAUGGAGUAGGGAAAUGGUCUGAGAUCAAAAAGGUUUUAUUUUCAUCAUUCGUGUACCGUACCCCUGUUGAUCUCAAGGACAAAUGGCGAAAUUUACGGAGAGCAUGCUUUUCUCAAACUCCGUCAAACAGGAUGGGAGGUCCACAGAAACAGGGGUCAAUGGCCAUUCCUACACACAUUAUGUUGCAGGUAAGAGAGCUUGCUCAGAAACAGUCACCGGUUCGCAAGGGUAGUAGAGUAGUAGUGAAGGGAUCAUCAAGAAAUGGUUUCUUGUAGCGUUCCGUUUCGUUUCGUAAAGUAGAGUAGUAGUGAAGGGAUCAACUCUGCUCUUUUUGUUUGGAUUUUGUAGACUUAAAGGUAGUUUUUGUGAAUUAAACCGGAUUACUAACUGGCGUUAUUGGAAUUGAUAUGAGAUGGUUCCUUACUC